AAACGGACGUGUGUCAUCGCUUCACAGUUUAUCCAGUUACCCUCACCACACAGACACUCUCUUUUAUCUUUGGAGACGACCAUGUCCAUACAGUACCGACAGGACAUGCCUCCACCGGGGGGAUUUGAGGCCAUCAAAUACAAGCGCAAUCUUCCCUUUCGUGGACCAAGUGGAUUGGUCAUUCUUGGAGCGGUCACGACCGUGUGUGCGUAUGGGUUCUAUCGUGUUGGGAAGGGAAACUUGGAACGAAGGGAACUGCAAAGGGAGAAAGUUUGGUCCCGGAUCCAUCUUGUACCGUUGCUUCUGGCGGAAGGAGAUCGGGAUGCAUACCGAAGACAACAAGCGGCGCUGGAGCGCGAAAAGGAGAUCAUGAAAGAUGUGAAGGGAUGGGAGGUUGGGAAGAGUGUUUACAAUGGGAGACAGUAUCGUUCGGUAGACUCUAUCGUGCUCGUAUGAGAGUAGAUGUGAAAUUCUAUGAUAUUUUGGAUGGUCACCGGGUGG